AUGGUGAAACGCAUGAAAUCGUUGGCGACGUUCGGCGCCGGCCCGUUCGCCACCGGCGACUCGGACGUCCGUUUUGGCCAUUAUGACUAUGACGAUGUGCCGAGACUCCUCGCCAUAUUCUACGCCGAAUUCGACAACGAUGCGGGUCCAAUUAUACGCCAUCAGGUGCCGGCAAACUUCAACCUCACCCGAAUAUUCCAGCCGCAAAGCGGCCUCAUAAUCCCAAAAUCGCAGCUUAUAUGUCGAUCGAUGAAAUGCAGUUUGAAGCACGAGAAUUGCAGAGUUCUCGGCUAUCCGGUGAAACUUUCGCAUCAGGGUUAUCGUCGCCAAUACUACAUCUUCAACAUGUGCUUCGUGGUCGCCUGGGAAUCGGUUUCCGACAGCAUGUAUGAGCCGAUCGUCCAGAAAUGCGCCGAAUACCUCAUUGAACUAGAGCAAGAGUUUUCGUUUCUCAGCAAUCGCGCCUAUAACGCCCAAUGCGGCAAAAAAACAGUGUGUGGUCUCGAGGCGAAGCGACUCGUCAGUGUACUCCACACGAACAAACUUUGCGAGAGCGAAAUCAGAAUAAUCGCGCCGGAACUAGCGAAAGUGGAAAUCAAAAAUGAGAAGGAGAACGAGAAAAAUGAGAAAGCGAAAGAGGAUUCGGUUGCCGCCGAAAGAAAUGAGGACUAUCGAAAGGUUGGCGUUAGCAAGGCGGCCAAGAAUCUAAUGAUGACGUUGUACUUCAAACUCUGCCCGUCAUAUCGAGGUGUCGAACCUCCCGAGGUAUCGAUAUUCAUGGUGCCAAUGUUCAUACGAGGGAUAAAGCUGACAAGUCGCGUAAUCGAUGGAAUGGAUGUUUUGUCUCAAAAGAUAAUCCCUCAAAUCGACGGAAUUCGAACUGUCAAAGAAAUCGCUUUUGUCCUUAAUCUCGAUCCAGCGCUGGUUGCGCGAUGCGUGAGAAAUCUCCACUUCUACGAAUGUGUGAGUUUAGUGCCAAUGUUCCUUUACUCAAACACGUACGUUGCCACUGAGCGAGUCCAUGACUUCUACAUGAAUCAGACCGAGAUUACGGAUUGCAUGGAUUUUGUGAAGAUCCAAAAUCCCGAACAAAUCGAGGAUGACGGCGAACCGCCGCCGGUGCCGCAAUUCUCCGACGUGUUCCGACUGUAUCUGAGCAUGAAAUGCGGAAUGACAUUGGCUGAAUGGGUGCGAGUCGAGCAGCCGAGAUCGAUGGGAAUCGAUGAGCAUCGAUUGGUGCAAUUUGGAAUGCAUCAUCAGUUUUUGAGAAAGCUCACAGUCUACCCAAUAUGCACGGUCUCAACGGGAGGGAAUAAAUUCCUGAGCUCGUGCAACGGCAAAACGUCGAUAGAAGAGCUCUCACUGGAGCACAACCUCGACCCACAAGUUCUUUAUCAACUUCUUGCUGAAAGCAACAAAUUUGAAUUCGUCAUGAAAUAA